UAAGGCUCUGGAGUGCAGUGUUGCUGGUCUGUCAGAGAAGCUGCUGUUAUUCAGACAUGAGCCGAACUCAGAGCAGAUCCUGCACAGACUCACUGAGAAACACGACAUCCAUGAUGGAGAUCUGCUGGAGGUGGUGCUCGCUGGCACAGCUUCAGUGACAGAGACAAAGUACCGCCCACAUUCACUGUCCGUCCAAUCGUAUCGCACGCCGACCUUCUGUCACCACUGUGGAGAGAUGCUGUGGGGUCUUGUCCGACAGGGACUCAAGUGUGACGGCUGUGGUCUGGACUUCCACAAGCGAUGUGCUCUCAGGUUACCCAACGACUGCUCUCGUGUGUAUCGGCGCUGUGGGCCGAGUCUCUCCCUGCUCCCCCCGGGCCGACCGCGUGCCCCAUCGCUCUCCAUACACACCGGCGGGAGUCUGGAGGAGAUCAGCUUGUCGAAGCCGAUGCGCUCACGGCCACCGUCCUUGGCCGAUGUGUCGGUGAGUGUGGGUAUGUCCGAGGGGAAGGAGGGGCGACCGCGGGUCCCUCACACCUUCCACAUCCACACCUACACCAAACCAACCGUCUGCCAGCACUGCUUCCGCCUGCUCAAGGGCCUCUUCAGACAGGGCCUGCAGUGCUCCGACUGUAAGUUUAACUGUCAUCGCCGCUGUCAGGCUCUCGUUCCCCCUGAAUGUCGAGGUGAAAGAGCAAACGGAGAAGACAGUGACGCUGGUCAGGAAUCAGAGGAAAACGUGGCUGUGGAGUCAGUAAACGCUCUCUAUGAGGAGCUGCGCUAUAAAGACCCACCGCUGGAGCAGCUGAUGCCACCGCAGAUGCCUGUCACGCCGUGUUUCAGCAGUAAUAUCCCUCUGAUGCGAGUGGUGCAGUCGGUCAAACACAGCAAGAGAAGAGGCAGCGGAGUGUUGAAGAAGGGCUGGUUAAUCCACAACACCAGCACCGACACACUGAAAAAACGUCACUACUGGGUGUUGGAUGGGAAAAGCAUCACCCUGUACCCCAAUGAAAACACCAGCAAGUACUAUAAGGAGAUCUCCCUGUCGGAGGUGCUGCAGGUUCGAGGAGCAGAUCAGAUUAGCGGCGAUCACUCAUUGGAGCUGCAGACGGGCUCUCUGGUGUACUGUGUGUUUGCUGAACAGGACGGUCCGGCGUGGGAAUCGGCCCUCAAGCUGGCCCUUAGACCCGUUCAGGGCUCCACAGCAGAGGACUCAGAGGAGAACGGUGAUGAAAAGAAUGGAGACAAUAGUCAGGACAUCAGCGAGCUCUACCAGAUCUUCUCGGAUGAGGUUUUGGGUUCGGGUCAGUUUGGUGUGGUUUACGGAGGGACACACAGACAGACGGGACGACCAGUCGCUAUUAAAGUCAUCGAUAAAACACGAUUCCCCUCCAAACAGGAGCAACAGACCAAAAAUGAGGUCGCAAUACUCCAGAGGCUGUCUCAUCCAGCAGUCAUUCACUUGGAAGGCAUGUUCGAGACUAAGGAAUACACGUUUGUAGUGAUGGAGAAGCUCCACAGCGACAUGCUGGAAAUGAUUUUAUCUCAUGAGAACGGACGUCUGCCCGAACGCAACACUCGCUUCCUGGUCACUCAGGUUUUGGAGGCACUGCGGUAUCUACACAUGAGGAAUAUCGCACACUGUGACCUGAAGCCUGAAAACGUGCUGCUCGCUUCACCUGAACCCUUUCCUCAGGUCAAACUUUGUGACUUCGGCUUCGCCCGUAUCAUCGGAGAAAAGUCAUUUCGGCGCUCUAUUGUGGGCACGCCGGCCUAUCUGGCGCCCGAGGUCAUCAAUAAUCACGGCUAUAACCGCUCUCUGGACACGUGGGCGGUCGGCGUGAUCUUAUACGUCAGUCUGAGCGGGACGUUUCCCUUCAAUGAGGACGAGGACAUCAAUCAGCAGAUCACCAACGCCUCCUUCAUGUACCCACGCCAGCCGUGGUCCCUCAUCUCGCUGGAGGCGGUGAACCUGAUCAAUAACCUGCUGCAGGUGGUGGUCAGACGUAGGUUCAGUGUCGGCAAAGCAAUGGGUCAUCCGUGGUUUCAGAACUUCCAGCUGUGGUGUGACCUGCGAGAGUUUGAGCUGCGUAUGGGUUAUCGAUAUCUCACGCACGAGUCCGACGACAGCCACUGGAGAGCCUACGCUCAGGAGAAAAGACUCAGUUUCCCAGAACACCUUGCUGAAGCAGCAGAGCAGCAGACGCCGGCCUCGUAGAUCUGACAUCACUGUGAAUACUGUAUUAUAUGAACAUCAUAUCAGUCUGACUAUGUACAUCUUAUUAUGGUUCUAAAUCAUUUUCAAUAAAUUAAGAAAAGACAAA